AUGACGUAACCUCUUUUUAGCUUUGACAACAAGCAGAAGGGGCAAACGAGCGGUUGAAACAUCGACCAGCCUAGUUGCCUACAUUGUCAGUAGGGCACUGUAGUCAUAUUCUUCACGGCAGAACGUAGUCAAUAUUUGACGACCCUUUAGGGACAAACUACGAUUUCCGAAAAUCGCUCAACUCUCUGUAAGGCUUCUCUGCUUGUGGAGUUGCUAUUUCCUGGUUGGUAACGUUACUAGCAGCCAUUUUGGGUUUCAGACAACUAGCCUAUUUUUGGAGGAGUACCCUGUCACCUAGUUAAAUUAUCUAGCUACUUUUUUAUCGAAGGAAUUAGCUAGCUAAGUAUUUAUUUCGAUUUUUCAGAGCGGAAGGGGGUGUCGUUUUAUAAGAAGAGGGGAUUUACUGUGACGAGUCCAGGAUGAAUCCCGAAUAUGACUAUUUAUUCAAGCUGCUCCUGAUCGGUGACUCUGGCGUCGGAAAGUCAUGUCUUCUACUCCGAUUUGCAGAUGACACAUACACAGAAAGCUACAUAAGCACAAUCGGAGUAGACUUCAAAAUACGAACUAUAGAAUUAGACGGAAAGACCAUUAAACUUCAAAUCUGGGACACGGCGGGGCAGGAGAGGUUUCGUACGAUCACAUCCAGCUACUACAGAGGAGCCCACGGCAUUAUCGUAGUCUACGACGUCACAGACCAGGAGUCCUUCAACAAUGUCAAGCAGUGGCUACAGGAAAUCGACCGCUAUGCCAGUGAAAAUGUCAACAAGCUAUUGGUGGGGAACAAGUGUGACCUGACCACAAAGAAAGUGGUGGAUUACACAACAGCAAAGGAGUUUGCAGACUCCCUGGGCAUCCCCUUCUUGGAAACGAGUGCCAAGAGCGCCACCAAUGUGGAGCAGGCCUUCAUGACCAUGGCUGCUGAGAUCAAGAAGAGGAUGGGGCCCGGGGCCACGACCGGAGGCAACGAGAAGUCCAAUGUCAAGAUCCAGAGUACGCCUGUCAAACCUGCCUCGGGGGGCUGCUGCUGAGAGAGAACCCCACCAACACCUCUACCCCCACCUCAAGCACCCCCCUCUGGCCUGUCAGCCCCCUCCACCUGGCCCCAUUUUCCACCAUGUCCCACCUUCCUAGCCUAACUGUAACCGAGAGAGGGAAAGUCUGAUAGAAAGAAGUUGUGUGUGUGCGAGAGGGAAAACAAAAUGAAGUUGCCUGAAUUUGUACUGUAGRCGCACUACCAAGAAAAUAAAUAAUUCCCCCCCUCCCUUAUUGCCCUGGUAAUUGAUGAUUAGUAGUACUGUCUAGGCAAUCUGUUAGCAGUCAGAUGGACAGGUCCCUCACUGGCCCCCUCCUGGAGAGGCUUUACCCCCCCACCCUUCCCCGGACCACCUCAGAGACAACUGAUUUCGUUUGCCCCCUCACCCUCGCAGUUAACGCCCCCCUCUGUGUGCAGGGUUAUGAGAAUAAUGUGUGUGUAUCUCACUGCAUUCCUAUUUCGGGAUUGGUCUGUGGUCAAAUUCAAUUAUGUUUUCUAUUUUUCUGUCCCCGUCUUUUUCUUCUUGGCUUUCCUUUCCUGUUGGUUAUUUUACUGUUUGUGUCGGCAUGUCUCUCUAAGGUGUUUAUUCGCGAAUAUGAGUGUCAGCCAACUGCACAAGUCUCUCACUGUCUCGUGAAAAAGUACAGAAAAAUAUACAAUACCAGUCAAACGUCUGGACACCUACUCAUUCAA